AUGCCUUUAUCGAGAAAUAAUGCUAUUUUUUCUAAGUUUCCAACAUGGGGUAUCCAUAAACUCUCAGCCGCGCUGGCGAAACGAAUAUUUAUUCCCAUUACGAGUGCCAGUACCCCCGAUCAGAUAGCGGCAAGCCAGCAAGAUCCAUGGAUUGAAUCUUCGAAAUAUGCAUUGGGUUGGGUGUACUUCGCGAUCGUAUUACUCGUUUUUACCAUAAUUAUACGAUCGUAUCACUUUUGGGGGGAUAAAAUCAGGGCUGCGUUAUACAAAGAAGAGAUCCGAGGAUUUGAUAAUGCGCUUUCACCAGAGUCCGACUAUGAAAUGGGCACGCCUGCAACAGGAAAUUCCACUCGCAGUUUUUUUCCAUCUCAUGGCACUCUACCUUCUAGUCCGAAGAGAGACUCAUCCGUCGUGAACAUCCGGUGGUUUAAUAGCCUGAUUGCGUGGGCGCGAUGGAUAUUUUAUCGGCCCAUACCUGUACUAAAAAUAUGGAAAAUUGAGAUCGUGCCGCCAUCGCUUGCAACAAUGGCCCUAGUUAGCUCUGCCUUGAUUUUCGUCACCCUUUACAGCUUCCUUCCACGUCCGCUAUUUUAUCAAAGCAUCCGAGCUGGUUCACCACCCCUGGCAGUGAGAGCUGGAAUGCUCGCUAUCUCUUUAGUACCAUGGAUAGUCGCUCUUAGCAUGAAGGCCAAUCUGAUUAGCUGGCUUACAGGAAUAGGGCACGAACGGUUGAACGUUCUCCACCGAUGGGGCGGCUAUCUCUGUAUGUUUUUGGCACUGGUUCAUACAGUUCCGUUUUAUAUCACUCCCGUUUGGAAUGAUGGGGCUCUCGCAAUAUUUCGUCAGCAAAUUAAAGGAGAUUUUUAUAUCUAUGGCUCCGGGAUAGCGGCACUUAUUCCGCUGGGAAUUCUUUGCAUCCACUCACUACCUAUAUUUAGGAAUCGAGUAUACGAACUGUUCGUUCUGCUCCAUAUCCCGAUAUCUAUAUUCUUUGUGGGCAUAAUGUUUUGGCAUUGCGCAAACUUUUUAACCUCUUGGAACUAUCUAUUCGCAACAAUAGCCAUUUGGCUAACAUCAUAUGUCUCGCGGCUAUUUUAUUCAAACUGGACACAUCCACUGCGCAUGUCUUGGUUGAUUGGCGAAGAAUCAGCAGUGACAAUUCUCCCUGAAAAUGCCGUGAAAGUCACAAUACCUACUGAAGUGAAAUGGAAACCGGGGCAAUAUGUCUACUUGCGAAUGCCUGGCAUUUCAAUAUUCGAUAAUCACCCGUUCACAAUUGCGUCUCUAUGCAGCGACGAUUUUCCGUCUAGUUAUGGGGAACAGUAUAGGGACAUGACGCUCAUUUUCCGACCUUUUAGUGGGUUUACUAAGAAGGUUCUAAAUACUGCUCUCAUGAAGGGGCCAUACAAAACCUAUCGAGCAUUCAUCGACGGGCCCUACGGUGGGAUGAGGAGAGAACUGUCGGCGUUCGACCACGUCAUUUUCUUUGCUGGUGGGAGCGGUAUUACAGCCAUUGCAAGCCAAUUGUUGGAUCUUAUCAAAAGGAUGCGAGAUAGCAAGGCCUUGACUCGCACGGUACGAGUAGUAUGGGCAUUGAAACGACCGGAAACAAUGGAAUGGUUUAAGGAGGAGCUACGGAUAUGUCGAGAAUAUGCACCCGAAGGCACCUUUCGUUGCCAGUUCUACCUUACAGAUGCCAAGAGGUAUAACGGGGAGCAAGCUACCCUCUCUAGACCUCAUAGCGGUGUUUUUCAUGACCGUAUCAACGAAAUUUUUCAGGAUGUUGCCAGUAAGCGCACUUCCGCAUAUAUUCGUGAAGAAGCGGCAGGGGAUGAGGAAAGAGAGAAAGAACUUCGCCGUGAAAAUGAAGAUACAAUUGCCGCUCUCCCAUCUGCAUACAUACCGCAACAACGGCUCCCAGAAUCGAAAUUUCCCAUCCCAGCUGCUGUCGAACAGAGCCACAAUAAUAUGAAUUUUGGCUUCCCUACAACUCCAACUAUGCUACAGAAAAAUCUAAUGCGCUUCGCAUUCUUUCCAUCACAGAAACGAGAUGGCUGGAGAACGGAAUAUGGAAGGCCGGAUAUCCCUUUUUUGUUACGGCAGUAUUCAAGAGAUUUUGGACGAAGGACAUGUGUGUUCGUUUGCGGACCACCCAGUAUGAGGGUGGAUGUUGCCAACACUGUGGCAAGCUUACAGAAAAUGAUUAUAAAUGACCCAAACAAGGAUGAGUUGUUUCUACAUGCAGAAAAUUAUGCCAUUUAA